AUGCCUGAUGUGCGGACAAAGGAAGACGACGAAUACCUAUGCUAUUCAAAACCGUUAAAAGGAGAGGUCUAUUAUAUAACAUCUUUCGAUCCAAUCUAUAAUCCGGAGGCUACGCAUCACAUGAUUUUAUUGGGCUGUGACGAUCCCACCUAUGAAGAAGAAGCGUGGCCGUGCGCCGAGCACCUUCCAGUUUGCAGAGAUGAGGCCAAAAUAAUUUUCUCCUGGGCAAUGAACGCACCGUCGUACCAUAUGCCUCCAGAUACCUCAUUCAAAGUUGGAGGAAAAGGCUUCAGGAAUUUGGUCCUCCAAGUGCACUACAAAGAUGCUAGCUAUUUCGCCCAAUCACCCGAUAGAACAGACGCAAGUGGAUGGAAACUUGGGAUGCUUGACUAUCCAACUCGUUUUUUGAGUGGAAUGUAUAUCUUUAUCGAUGGCGCUUCGUCGCUACCACCAAAAGAGAAAACAUUAGUUGCAAUGGCAUGCAGGUACACAGGUGAGGUGAAUCUGCACCCGUUCGCCUUUCGAACACAUGCCCACAGCCAUGGUCUUUUGAAUACCGCAUACGUCAUUCACCAUGGAGUGAAGCACCUAAUUGGCACAAAGUCACCCCAGGAACCUCAGACUUUCUACCCUGUUCUGAACAAAUCACUAGAAGUCCAACCAGGUGACAAAUUGGAAGCCAGCUGCUUGUUCAUGAACAAUGAAGACAGAGAAAUUCGCAUGGGACAUACCAGAAAUGAUGAAAUGUGCAAUUUUUACAUGAUGUACUCUGUACCAAUGGAGGAUGCUGCCCAACUGGAUGAUCCCAAAAAUCAAAAUUGCCUCCAGAGUAUCGACCCUAAAACAGGUUCCCCUCUUGCCUCAGUACCGCACAACCACCACCAUGGGUUGCACACCGUCACUGAGAAUCCCUUGGAAGUUCUAGAGAAUGAACAAGAGGACAUGUACUACAACCCUUUUGGUCAGAUUUUGGAGUAAACAGAUGCUAAUGAACUUCUGAAUGUGAUUUUUCUAACUUGUCCUUCAUCAAAGCGUGAAAUCGCUGCUUCCAUUAGUGUUGUUUUUCC